AUGCGUAUCCUCGGAUUAACUUCCUACACGGAAAAUCCUGCAUGGCGGUAUCCACUUAUGAUUUAUAAUAUUAUGAUUAUGAUAAUCAUGAAUGGUUAUUCGGCUUUUAUUAUAACAGAAAUAGAAUUUACUGGAUUUAAUGUUAACAUUGCAUUUGCUAUUGUUCAUGCAUGUUACCUUGCAAGUGGUGGCAUUUGCUCGUUAUUUCUCUUCUGGAUGCGAAAAAGUUUCAAUCGAUUGAUUAAAAUUGUUGUACAACAGGUAGCUAUACAUGAUCCAAAUUUCAAACAUGCCUUACGACUUCAUCGGAUGUGUAAAAUAAUGGUUGGUCUAACUAUUUUCUGGGCUAUGAUAGCUGUUAUUACUACAGCUGUUUGCUUUGAUGCAUUUAUUGAUGACAUGCAUCACGAUGGUAUAGUUAUAGAUCAUAAUUGGACAAGUAGCCAAGCAGUUAACCAUGUAUUGAAAUAUAAACAUCGUUAUCGAGGUCUAAAAAAAACUGCUGAUAUAAUUGAGGAGCAAUUCAAAUAUGCAAUAGCAUAUGUCGAUGCAUUAUGCUUUACCGAACUAUGCUUCAUACUGUAUACUUAUUUGGAAGAUAGAAGUGAAAGUAAAACAUGGAUUGAUACGAUAUUAUGUAUACUGUAUGCUAUUAGUUCAUUAUUUCAUAUGACUUUUUUCACUGCACCUGCUUAUCGACUUUAUGAAAGAGUAAUAGUUUAA